AUGGCGAGGACCACAUUGAAUUCAAAGACAAGUCUGAAAAGGAAAAGAAAAAUCGAGCUUCAGAUGUCGGGGGCACAAUUUGGUCGCCCACCUACACAGGCUGAAUUGUUUCUCGCAACACACAAAAAGAGAGAUAGUUCAAGAUUUGUUGAUAGGAAGUCCGAGGAUACUUAUGCUGACUUCCAAACAAGACAACAAGAGGCAUUAUCACAGGCAUCGACAUUUGGCCCAUCAGAAGAUAAUGACGCUAUCCAACCCUCGCAGCCAGCUAUUGACGAGAGAUUAAUAUGGUUGGAGGUUGCGGGUGGCAAGAAAAAGGGUCAUGUCUAUAGGAUGGGGUCAGAAGCGUACGUCAUCCCUAGUUCCUACUACCUACCACUGCUGCCGCCGUCGAGCUCAUUGGCAGAGUAGAUUCAAGAAGUUAUUAAGACAACUAUUGAACCCUUUCAGAAUCCCCUAUUAGCACUUGAAGGUAGGUUGCCUCCCCCGCCGACAUCUCCAUCAUCACUACCCCCG